GAGCCGCAGAGCGCCGUACUUCCGGUUGCCGUCGCUAGGCGACGGCUGUCCCCAUGGCGGGCGCGGCGCUGGAGCGGGUCGCGCAGCUCUGGUCGCUGCUGGACGACAUGGCAGAGAACGAUCCCCAGGCCUACCGCCAGCUCCUGCGGCAGCAGCGCGCCGAGGCCGAGCGGCUCCGCGCCCCGCCGGAGCCUCACCUGUGCCUGCGGGCCCGGCCCGCGGUGUGUGCUCGGGGUUGGGGCUCGGGCUCCCGCACGGGUGCGGGAGCGGGUACGAGGGCGACCGGUGGGCCGGAGGGACCAGGGCGGGCAGGGCGCUCAGCGCGGCUCGGUCUCUUGCAGGGCGCGGUCGGGGGGCCGCUGUUCGUCAACGUCUGCGGGUGGAAAAGGGUUCCGGCGCCCGCGGCCCCCACUGACCCCACGCCCGUCAGUGCCGGGCCGCUUGAAGAGGUGCCUGGCGAAGGAGACCUUUACAGUAUUAUAGAUGUUGCAUAUAACCCAGAUGUUCUUCAGAGGGGAGAAGAAAACCCACAAAAAAUGGAACACUUGAUCCAUUUGACACUUAAAGUUGUUGAAAAACGAUGCGACCUUAUUCUUUCUCCUUUGUACACCAUCGAAUCAUUCAAAUUGAAAGGAAGCCUGGAAGCAAUGCAGCAACGCCUGAAAGGAAGGCAGAUGCCAGCUCCGCAGCUCAGUCAGAACAUAAAGAAAGAACUGACACUUGAUCAGCUGCUACACACUAUGGAAGCCGAGGACUGCAGCAACGGUCCUGUGCUCCUGAAGGAAGAAAGCGUGACACAGUCUAAAGGGCGUCUGAUAGAGGAAAUUGCCAGUAAUGAAAUGUCAGAGAAGCUAAAUGCCCCUGUUUAUGAAAUGAUCACCGUGAAGGAUGCAAACAAGAAACCACUCAGAAUUGAACUCAAAGUUGAAUUGCCUAAGGUUAGCUCUGUUUCUGAGUGUGACCUGAGAAUUUCAAAGGACGACAUAACCAUUGAAGUCCCUGAAAAAUACAAAUUACAACUAGAUCUGCCAGAAUUGGUGGAUGCAGAAACAACUACAGCAGCAUUUCACAAAGGAAAACGGGUAUUGUUUAUCACAGUGCCAGUUGCCAAGCCAGACCCUUAAAGACUGCAUUCUGCCCAGUUUGUGUUCACAGAUGACAGAACAAAACAAAAGCCCAGAAUGAGAAUCCUAACUUUUAGAUGAUGAGGUUUUUUUAUUGACCUUCUAAUCAUCAGGGGUGAAUAGGUCAGAUGUAUUCAGAAGAUGCAUGUUAGAAAAGGAAGCCUGAAGGAAUACUAACACCACCAAACUUAGGGGGGAAAAAAAAAAGAGUAAAUACACAAGGUGUACUGGAGUACGUUAACAGCUGUAGAAAAGAACCAUAAAUGCAUACAUGCUUUAUGAUUCAUUGUGCCUCAAGGUACAGCAAUAACAGUUGUGAAGUCUUUUUGCUAAAUAAAUUGGUUACUGGAUUCA